CUGAACGCAAAUUGGGCAGAUUUGGAGGAUGAUUUGGCCAGCUCGCAAGAUCAGUUGUCCCAAGAUGUGAUGAGAGCUGCUCUCAAGAUCCCCUACACUAUGAUGAGCGCAAGUGAUCCUGAAAGGAGGUGUCGCCAUUUUGUGGAGACCAACGUGGGGCUUACCACUAGGUUUCUGGAUUUGCUGAACCGAGCCGAACUUCCAUUUGGUGGCUACUACAUCAUCCGAAAACAGCUGGACAUGUCAAUGUGGAUCAAGAUCAACAGACCCAGGAAACGCAUGCGAGAACACGAACCAGACCCACUGCCUGAGCUGGUGGUUGCCAACCCAGAUGCUCAGCAAGAGCCUACACCUACACCAGGGACUAUAGACUAUGCCCGUGGUGUUUUGGAGGUGCAGCGGGGCAAGAACAAGUUGGCGGAAAGAACCAGGGCCAGGGACAGAGCAAAGUUUGGCGAAGAGGAGCUUCUCGAGCACAAGGUUCCUCGCAUGUUUUGGCCAGAUUCUGCGUUUUGGGGCUCCAUAAGUUUUCUUGGCACCCUUGCCAUGCAAGCACUUGCACACAGCGCCAGAUUUUCAUUUGGACAGUUGCCAAGAGACUCCCGUGUGAACUCACAAGUUGCAAAGCUCUUUUUGUUCAAGAAUAUGGCCGGGAUGUCGGACAAAGUGCUGAAUCAGUUCUUGCAAGUGGCUAAAGGCUCUUUGAGUGAAACCAAAUGUGCCCGUUCAAGUUUGCAAGGAGCAUCUGCUCUUUUGGAAGCAGGAGGCCUUCUGUGGUGCGGGUUGCUAAGAUCCUAUCAAUCUUUGAUAGAGUGUGGCCGUUUAGAACCCAUUCUGUUCAUCAAGAAGUCUCGGUACGACGAGACUCCAUUGAAGAUCCGUUUGCAGGGGCAAGGCCCAGGCUCCACCAGAAUCAAUACCGAAACAUCCACACAUGCGAAGGUGAUGCAGUCUGAGUUCGCUCUUCACAUGGUUCUGAAGGAUGUUCAAAACUCUCAGUAUUGGCACCUGCAUGGAUAUGUGCCAACAUGGUUACAGCUCAUGGAUGCCACGACUGCAGAAAAUACGAAGAGGGUAGUCUUGAACAACUACCAGCAGAUCCCAGGCUUGGAUGACUUCAGCCGAAGUUUCAGUUGGAAACUACAGCAAGCCACUGUGGACUGCUACGCUGCAAACCAAAGAGCUGAGAGGAGUCUCCUUCAUGACGACCCAAGCUGGAGCAAGUACACCAAAAGCUGCGACGUGCACAUUGUUACACAGGUGCACAUGAAAGCAGCUUCUGUGCUUGACAGUGACAUCUCAGGGAUGCUUCACACAAGUUUGGCGCAACAUGGGGCCGGCGUGCUGGAUUCGUUGAAGAAGAUCUUGGCAGAGAUAUUUGAGAACGAAUUGGUUGUGGUCUACGAUGCUCCUCCACAGGGUCGGGUGAGACAACACAGAGAGGAAUUGCACGAUCUCUUUUUACCCCUUCCGCAUGCAAAUAGCUUGGACUAUGUCAGUUGCUCCAUUUUGGUUCGUCGAUACAUUCUUGGCGCCAUGAUGAAUGGCGAUCUAGAGAGCAAUCGAAUCUACCACUGGUGUCCCUUCAACUGUUGCAAGGACUUUUCCGACACAGUUGAGAAGUUCAAGACUUAUGUUGUGCAUGCGUUGUUGCCAUCGAAGAUGCCGCAUGCCAAGUGGUCCGGCUGGGAUUUUCUCACAGAUGAUGAUCCAGAUGAUGGUGCUGCUGGUCAUGAUGAGCCGCCGCAACCAAUCGCAGACGCUGCAGUCAUGGAAGGCGCGGCUGCCGAGAACGAGGGCAACGUAGAGAUGGAAGAUGUGAGCGGAGAGACUGACUGGGUCAAACGCAACAAAGCAUUCAAAAAAAAUUCAAGCCGAUGGAGCCAGACAAAUCCUGGACCGAGGUUGGUGGUGAUGAAAUCAGUCAUGAACGUCCUGUCGCAUGCAGUUAACCAAGCCUUUCAAGUUUCUGGCAGUGAUUUUGACCGAGAACAAGACUUGAAGUCUGCAAAGGGCGAAGCCAGGUCAUAUCGGAUGUUGGAAGCAGCACGAGGUGAAGAUCUCGAAAAAUUCUAUUCCGAAUUGUGGCAGCAGUUCGAGGGACCUUGUCGUGGCAUGCCUUUUUCAGCUAUGACUUCCAAUCUCUUGAACAUUCACUUCGUAAUGUUGUCACGAGCUGGGUGCGCGAUGGAAAUGCUGCUUCGCAGGCCAAGGAGAGGUCAACCUUACCAGCUUUUCAAAGUACUUCUUCAAGGUGCUCCAUCUUACAGUCAAAGCCUGUCAUGCUUGGAUGAUGAACUCAGCAGUGCCUUCCACCACCGUUUCCCACAGUGGUCCCCUGAAGCAGAGGUUUGCCUACGGGCGUUGGGUCAAAGUAUCGACGUUGAUGUGGCCCAGAUUGAAACACGGCAUGCGAUAGCUCGUAGGAUGGUAACAUUGAAAGGUUUGCAGACUUGGGUCCCGUCGAUAGAUUCUUUGUCCGCUGAUUGGUCUCACAAACAAGUUUCAAAUCGGGAAGAAGAGAUCUAUGGAAAGCAGGUCCAGCAAAAUGCCUGUGAAAUCCUUGGAUUGCGGACUGGCACAGCCGGGGGUUUCAUGGAGCGUGCAGUCAACUCUAGUGUUGUGAUGCUGUAUGCGGGCGGGUGGGAGGAGGACCAGUCAGAGAAAGGUAAGACUGUCAAAAAGAGCAAAAAACCCGGAGUUCAAGGUGGUGGUGGGGGAGGUUUCCGUGCCUUCCUACAUGAGAGGUGUCAAGGAAUGGCAUUCUCAGGCCUUGCCAUGCAACAGGCUUCUCGCCGCUACCGUGCUCUUUCUGAAGAGGAGCGUGCUUACUUCAAGGAGCAGGGUUUGAAAGCAACCAUUGCGUGGAGAGCAGGGUUCGCAUCUUUUGGUGAGCGGGAGCGCGCACAUUCGAAGGCAAAGCGCUCCUCCCCACCAGCAUUGCAACAGGGUGAUACACAAGCAACUGCGCUAGUAGCUGUUGAUGAUGUGAGGUCAUCUCAACUGAUGCCCUUGGCCACCAGAGACUUGCAAGAUGAUAUUCGUUUGAUCAGACGAAAAUUUCGGGAACAUCGGAAGGAUCAGAAAAGGACUAGGGCUAACCAAGAGCAAACUUUGCUGGACAGUUUCAGAGGUUCGUCUACCCACAAAGCACCCACAUGCUUUGAUUUCGACAAUUUCUUCACGGUUGCUCACCCACAUGGCCUACAACCUGAUUCUGAUGCUGAUGUCUUGGGCAGCGAGCAGCUUCCAGCCUUUUCAUCCAUCAAGUGGUACCCUCCAGUCACAGAAUUUGCUCAGGCAGCAUUAAGCGAGAACAACUCUAUGGGCACCCAGAUGUCUCUUAAGAGUAAGCUUGAAAAGAGCUGGUCUGAGCACCAUAGCUUGAUCCGUCACACCGAUCAGCCCAAGAUCAGUUUUGAGAACGAUCGCCUCAAGAAAAUGCACCAGUCGAGCAAAUGCUUUAAAGCUGGCUUUUGCAUCUGCAAGAACAGCAGGAAGGAUGUGCGACGCGCAAAUUCUGAUGCUUUGCAAUUUGAGGUCCACCUUCUCAACGUGAUGAAAAAGCAGUUUUGGUCAAAGACUGUGAACGACAGCAAGGAAAAGUCGCCAGCCCGUACGUUACUCGAAGCCGGUUUCAUUGUUUUGCACUUCCUUGCUCGCAUCGGGGAUGAGCACCAUGAUGAGGUCAUUGGAAGCCAUUUCUUUCACAUCGGGUAUGCCAACUACAAGACAUGGGCAUUGUCAACACUGCAGCUGUUUGCCUGCGAUGACGAGCAGAUUCAGCCUGGUGAUAGAAGACUUCUUCUGAAAGUUGGAGAGCGCGACGAUGCGCUUGAGGGCGGUGACUUUAGACUUUUAGUGGAUGCUGUGAGGGAAAGCUUGAACCUAGAAGCAGAGCACGAUGUGCAAUUCUACAAGUUGAUUGGGAACAAGGAGAAGUUGCCCAUUUCGCAUAUGAUUCCUGGACAACGGUUGCAGGUCGAACUUUUGGAUCUCCCUGGUGGGACAUCAGUAUGGAAAGGUGCGAAGAAGGAAAGAGAUGUGAGGAAGGAGCAGAAAAAAAAGAAAAAGAAACACAGAAAACGAAAAGAUCCCGGUGAACCCGCUGAACCCCGACGUGGCCGCAAGAAGCCAUGUUAUGAUGUGGAGAUGGUGGAGGAUCUUGGAAUCGGGGUGGUGAUGCCUGCAGCAGCCAUGCCCCGCCGUCCUCAGCAACAACAGAGGGCUUUUGUCAAUGACAGUUCCAGUUCCAGUUCCUCAGGAUCCGAUGUGCCUCCAGAGGCCGAUGCAGUGGAGGAUCAAGAUCAAGAUCAAGAUCAAGCUGGUGAUCAUGAAAGUGACAUUUUGAUGAAAUUUUCCCAGAUGGUGAAAGGGAACACUCCGAAGCAGAGUCAGAGAUCUUUGUCGCCGAGUUGGACCGCAUUCUUGCUGAGGAGCAGCAAGAAGAAGCUGAAGAAGUGGAAAGGGUCUGCGAAGCAGAAAGGCAACCAGAAGCAUUGCAGGUUCCUGUCAACCAGGAUGACGUGGAAGAACAUGAAGCUGGAGCGGCUCCUGCGCCGCGAGCAGAUAUUCUUGAUCUUCCUGCGGCGAGAUGUCUACUCCAGAGACGAUGCUGCGAAAUUUUCUCGGACCAUCGAGGACCUCACACAUGUGAUUCGACAGAUCCUGGCACCAAGGGCUGUGAUGAACAUCAUUGGCCAACCGGAACAGGGAUUGGACACGCAACCCAACAAGGCAUCUUCACGGCCCAGCGGCUUUGACGAUGCUGCUCCCGGGAUGGACAUGCACGAGGCCAUGGAAGACAUUUUGGUUGACAUCAGCCAAAGCCACGGGCGGCGUCCUCACAGCAAUGCUCAUGGCAUUGCGCACACAUUGACGACUUCUUCCCUGCUCUACUCCUUCAAGCACAGGACGGUCUUGACGCCAUUCCAGCACCUACUUCUUCAGGGAUAUCCAGGUACGGUCGCAGUGUCUUCAUCGCAUUCUGACCGGGAUGUGAGGGCAAUGGCUGGAGAAGCUAUUGCGCUUCCUUGCCUUGGCCUGCUGGUUUGGGCGCUGUCGUCAUCGGUCACGGGUCUGUCCUCAAUCAGCCUGUUGCUAUACUAUAGCUGCUAUAGCUGCUCGCCGCACGCUGGCCUGCAGCACACAGUGAAAAAGGAUAAUCACAUCUUCAGCUACAAAGGCAGAGAUCACAUCAUCGGAUCCCCUGAUGAGCCUGUGGACAUCACCGCCGGAAUCCUUUGCCGAGGAUGCGGUGCAUCUUUGCAGUAUGGAAGUAUUUCCGGCACUUUCUAUUGUCAAUGUUUUGCUCUUGGUACCCUACAGUUUCCUGUGGCACCAACAGUGGCUUUGUCAAAUGCUGGCGAUGUUGAAUACUUUGAGCCUCCAGAGCUUAGAGCUGCGAUGCCUCCGAAGCAGUCUUCGGCUGCGAAGGCUCCGCCUAAGAGGUCAGUGAUCACUCUCAGCGUAGCCGAAGCCAGAUUUUGCACUGAGGAUGUCCAGUUUCCAACCAACCAGAACGGGAUUCCAGAAGGCAAUGGCUGCUUGACCGACAAGACUGUGGCCGUCAAAGCCUUCCCAAACCUUGAGUGGUCUGAGCUUGUGUUGCUCUUCACCAACGACCCGCUUUUCAAGGCUAAGUUCAAUGGAGCCAGGGCUUUGUGGAACACGAUCGUUGACAAAGCUGGCCCCAAUGCUCCUAUGUGGGACCCAGAUCAAGUCGCUGCUCACUUUCAGCUCGGUCAGUUCAUCUUCCGAGAUGUGGGCAUGAUGACACUCCAAGAAGUCUUCAAGCAUUUUGGAGCCCAGCCCGUUGAGCUUGGGCUGGUGGCCCAUUCUGUUGUUCAAGAGGACAACAAAAUGACAGAGCUAUAUCCUGUGGGUCUUGAGGGGCUGCCGCUGGAAGUCAUUCUCAGCAUGCGCAAGAUGCGACUGUUCCAAAUGACAGCGGUGGAACGCAAUGAGUUGUUGGUGUACCCUGAGCGGCAGAUUGACAAAGACCAGGGUCAGGAGUUCUACAAGAAAGCUGUUGGAACUCUAGUUGAAUCUCGACCGGCUGCAUUCAACCCUGCCAAGAAAGGAGAUGGCCGCUUACUCAGUGCCUCUGAGCUUCGUGAAAGGAGUGAGGAAGUGGAAGCCGCCAAGCAGCUUGAGAUGGAACGGCUUGGAGGGGGCGGUGGACUAGGUCACGAAGAAGAUGAAUUUGGAAGCUAUGAGCCUUCAAUGGAGGCGCCCCGUGUCGUUGUGGAAGCGCCCAGUGCGAACACAGGAUCCUUGGGCAAUGCCACGACCACCGCUUCCAGGAGGAAGAUUGCGACAAAGGCCAGCAAGGCCAAGAAAGCAGCGAAGGAAGAAGAUGAUGACGAUGAUGCCGCGGAGAUGGCUUCUGAAGGAGGCUUGACGGUUGGGCCUGGGGUUAGCAUUACGACCCUGAUGGAGUCUGAUGGGGAAAUGGCAAGAGUGGCUACCAAGCAUGCGCAGAUCACCGGCAGACCUGAGUCGCCUUGCUUCUUCAACUUGGACGUCGCAAGGGUUCUGAAUGGCGAAAAGCUAGGAAAAGCAUUGCAAGGAGUCACGGGACAGCAAUUUCGGAGCACUUUGUUUUCAAUGAAAGUAUUAGCGAGGGUGGCAUUGAAGAAGUUGACCGGCACGAAGGAAGAACAACUUCUUGAGGACCGCUUGGUAAAACUGGAAGCUGCUAUGGUCUUGCAUGCGCCAGAGCAACAAGAACACACCAUGAUCACGAAUUUGAAAUUGCUUUCUGAGUACACCAGCCAAUUCCCAUUGAAAUUGUCGACCAUCAUUACCGGGCACUUGGUUGUCUUCCGAAUGUCCAGGGUGUUUGCGCUGACGGAACAAAAGGAGCGGCUGAGUGCGAUCGAUGCUUUUGUGACGAGCUUGGAGCUGUGGACGGCAUCCUCAGCGAGCUUGUCAAACCUCCUCGACCACAAGAAUGCAAGCUUCAUCCCCAUUGUGGCUGCUCUUUGUGAGGAGCUUACCGGUACGUUUGGGGGUGGAGCUGGUGCAGCUGGUGGUGCUUCUUGUUCUGUUGACGCAGAUGGAUCAGCCAUGGAAGAUGAAGAUGCUCUUUUUGGCAACGUCAUGCCGGACACGACGGGACAGAAGAAAAUUGAAGGGACUGAAGCUGCGACUGAGAAGGACAAGGAAGUUCACCCCGCUCUUGAGGCUCUUCGACUCGUGGUUACCGACGCCUUGACCAGCGACAUCUUCGUCGACCUGGUGCAUGAGGUGGCAGAUCCUAAGAAGCGUCUCUCCUUGGAGCGUUUGACUACAUCAUAUCUGAGCUCAUGGCAUAAUCCCAAGAGCGAAGCCUGGUUUCAGACGCAUUCGGUUGGAAAGUUCUUGGAGCCAUGUUUCAGAAAGUUUGCCAACUUUUGCAAGUGCAUCGCGGUGUUGCUGAGGGUCGAUCACCCAAACUGGCAACUCAGUGCGAUCCAGGUGGUGGCCAUCACAGGGGAAAAUCAGACGGAUUCAUUUUUCAAGGCAAUCAAGAGUCUUCUCACUGCUCCCGCAUCAGAUGGCACCUCUCCAAGCCAAAUCAAGGUCGCUUCCAGGGAGUUUUGGAUGAUGGAAGUUCAGGAUGUGCUGAAGACAGCUGCAACACAUGGACCGGCUCUCACUGUUUUGCAGAAGUUUGAAGCAGACAUAUCCAGCUUCCAAGCCCAAGAUGGUGAGGACGGUGAGGAGAAUGAGGGUGCAAUUAAACUUUCCCCCGGUUUUGCUGCUCAUCUCCCUGGAAUCAUGGAAGAGCUCCCAAAGUUGAGGGCGGCUCUGCGCAAAGGCUUUUUGACGCCGUUUCUGAAGCCGUUGCGCGCUCAUAUCCUUGACUUGGGGCAGGCAGUCCUGAAGGCUGGGGAGAUCAGCAUGAGCUCAGCAGAUUUGAAUGCUUUGAUGCACGCGUUGAAGUAUUUCCAGGGAGAUGCUGAGUGCACGGUGGCCCAUACCAAGCUCAUCGAAUGGGCUACCAAGCACAAUACGAAAAUUGUUUUGGCAGAUUUCGGCAAGUGGAUGAAGUCCUAUAUGGAGACAGCUGCUGCCCAGACUUACGUGGAGGUGAUCCCUGUGGACAUGGCCCACGUGAAGCCGCUUGUGGCGAAGCUUCCAGUGCCUGUGCCAGACGGGGUGGGCAAGCAGUUGCUCACUUUGAUGCCAAUGUUGCUUCGCCGUGCUUUCUUGGAGGCGUCACUGGUGAAGGCAGAUGUUCCAGCUGGACUGACUAGCUUGGUGGCCGUGCUCAAACAAUUUGGAAAGUUGGCGACCGCAUUGUCAAUGCCCCACAUCAGCUACUACACGGAUGCGGUGGAGCUGCUUCGAGUGUCUGUCAGCUUGCUGAUCCAGGUUUCAAAGAUCGACUUUGGCCAGGAUGCCACAAGCGUGUUCAAGAACGAUGCCAAGCAUGCGAUGCUGUUUCAGGUUUGUUCUUUCCUCGCCUCUUUCAAGAGCAUCUCUGACAAGAUGGGCGAGUACGUGGAGGAGAACGAGCACGGCAGCGAGGAUCCCUACGGCAUGUUCAGCCACUGCCUUUGUUCUGACAUUAUCCAGCCGCUGAGGCCGUUGAUGGAGCCCGAGGCUUUGAAAGAUGCUGUUCGUCGGCAGUGCGCUCAGUUUGCUUUGUCUCUGCAGAGUUUGAUCCCCAAGCUGGCAAAGACAUCUGGCCAGUUCUUUGCAGGUGGACCCAAUGAUUGGAAGAAGGAUUUGGGUGAAGAUCCUGACUUGGAUGACGUCCUUGCCAAGGCAGACGUGACGCUGGGCUCCAUCACUGGCAAGCACUUGAAAGCGGAGGUGAUCAAGGAGAUGGAUGUCUUUGCUGAGAAGAUGGGUUGCUUCUCAGGCGAUUCCUUGGGAGAGGAGUUUGGGAAGCUGAGUGAGCAUCUGGCUGAAGGGAAGGCUUUGAUCACGGCCACCCAUGUACAGUAUGUGGAGUCUGCUAUGGCUUAUGCCCUUGCAUUCUUGCGUAAGCCGGACGAAGGGGCUUCGGAAGGCAAGUCGCCUGCGAGGCUGUGUGGCAUUUUGUCCGAGCAGUAUGCAGCCUUGGCUGCCCAAGAGAAUGGGGUGCAAGAGAGCCUUGUACAGCCCAAUCUUCUUGGCUCUGCGAAGAAGUUCUUGAGCUAA